AUGGCACCAAGGCCAGAAGACGCCGAGGAAGAGAGAAUACAUUUCCAAAAUGUCCUUACAACGUUCAAUAACUAUGCCCAAUAUUCUUUAGCGGCGAACAACCGUCGCCGCAGGGACAUCUACACGAUUCCUCGCGAAGACCAGGAACUUCUGGACACUCUGGGCUACAAGAAGAAACUAGAUGAAGUGGACGAAGCGAUUCUUGCCAAUGCCGAUUUUCUUGCCAAAAUCGUGGCGAAUCCAGAGAUAUUUGGGCAUGAUCUAGACGACGAAGAGGACGGAGACGAUGCUGAGGGAGGUUCUUCACCGGGUCCUCCGCAACGCCAUUCACAUUCGCAUUCGCCUGGCCACAGUCACGACCACGGGCACUCGCACGACCACGGCCAUAGCCAUGAUCAUGGACACAGUCAUGGUCCCCCCGGGCGUCGAAAGAAGUUCCGACCAACAGACUUUGAUAUGGACAAGUUGAGGAGCACUCUGAAGCAGUUUGUCCGAGACUGGAGUGAAGAGGGGAAGGUGGAACGAGACCUCUGUUAUAAACCCAUGACAGACGCAUUGAUUGAGUACUUCUCGACUGCGAAGACUCCGGAAGAAAGGGGGAAACUUCGUGUCCUUGUCCCUGGUGCUGGACUCGGGCGCCUAGCAUGGGACGUUGCCCACCUGGGCUUCUCGUGCCAAGGCAACGAAUUCUCCCACUACAUGCUGCUGUCCUCAUUCUUUAUCCUCAACCGGACCGAUCAAAUAGGAAUGCACAAGCUAUAUCCCUACGUGCACUCCUUUUCCAACGCGCCGAACCGCAACUCCAUCCUUCGCCCAAUCACUAUCCCAGAUGUCCUUCCCUCCGACCUACCCCCUACAUCGAAUUUCUCCCUUGUUGCUGGCGAUUUCGAAGAGAUAUACGGAGUUGAAAGUGAUCCUGACGAGCCGCAAUCAGGCCAGUGGGACGCCAUCCUAACUUGCUUCUUCAUGGAUACGGCGAAGAACAUCGUCAAUUACUUGAGAAUUAUUCACAAGAUUCUGGCACCAGGCGGGGUUUGGAUCAACUUGGGGCCUCUCCUGUGGCAUUUCGAGAACAACAACAAUAACGAACCUUCAAUUGAACUGGAUCUUGAAGAGUUCAAGAAUCUAGCUCGCGCUAUCGGAUUUGAAAUCUCGAACGAACGAACGAUAGAUUCGACCUAUACGAACAAUGCGGAGUCGAUGCUGGCUUAUACUUAUCACUCGGCCUUUUGGACUGCAACCAAGAAAGCGUGAAAGCACCACAAUGGCCCUGAUGGCCGGGGGGUUGGUGCGGUGGUGGCCGAGAGGCGCUUGCUGUGUCUAGUGCCGUACAUACGUUUUGGGGACCUCGCAUCGUAAUUCGUGUGUCCAUUAUGAGUAAUAUGCUCCAUCUUGGUAGAACAUAGUGGGACGGGGGU